ACACAACAAAAUCGGAUAGCUGCUCUACUUGACAGGUAGUUGUCGUGAUACUAUACCGGUGCGAAGACACAGGGCAUGAAACGUUACAGUACAACUUUUCUACAGAAGACAGUUGGGAAAAACUAAAUCAUCAUGCCAAGAGUUAUAGAAUGUGUCCCAAACUUUUCUGAGGGGAGAAACAAAGAGGUGAUUGAGGCCAUAGCCAGUGGUAUAGCAGGAACAGAUGGCUGCACAUUAUUGGAUGUUGACCCUGGAGCGUCAACCAAUCGGACAGUGUACACCUUUGUGGGGUCCCCGGAAUCUGUAGUUGAGGGAGCUCUGAAUGCUGCCAGGGUUGCCUACCAUGCUAUAGACAUGAGAAAACACACAGGCGAGCACCCCCGAAUUGGAGCACUGGAUGUCUGUCCAUUCAUCCCAGUACAGAAUGUCUCUAUGGAGGAUUGUAUAGAUUGUGCUAAGGAAUUUUCCGAGAAACUUGCUUUAGAAUUAGGAGUACCAGUUUAUCUGUAUGGAGAGGCCGCAGACAAUGAAGACAGGAAACAUCUACCACAGAUUCGUGCUGGCGAGUUUGAAGGUCUCCCAGAAAAGCUCUGUAAACCUGAGUGGAAGCCAGACUAUGGCCUGGCAGAAUUUGUACCCAACUGGGGGGCGACAGUUGUUGGCGCUAGGACCUUCCUCGUUGCCUUCAAUAUCAAUCUACUGGCAACCAAGGAACAGGCUCACCGCAUCGCUCUCAACAUACGAGAACAGGGACGAGGCAAGGACCAGCACCAUAUUCAUCGUCGCAUGAGACUUCGGCCAGGAAGAAUGAAGAAUGUACAAGCUAUUGGAUGGUACUUAGACGAGGCCAACCUGGCUCAAGUGUCCGUCAACAUUACCGACUACAAGUCCACACCCAUACAUAUGGUGUAUGAGGAAAUCCUUAAAGAUGCUCAGGAGUUGAAUCUUGCGGUAGUGGGCUCCCAGAUUGUUGGACUGGUACCCCUGGAGGCCAUCAUACAGGUCGCUGACUACUACAUGGAGAAGGACAACUUGUUCAUACUGGAGGAAGAUCAGAAGUUACGUCUCGUUAUCAACAGACUCGGACUUAACUCCCUCGGGCCAUUCAGUCCUAAGGAGAGGAUCAUUGAGUAUAUGAUUUCUGAAGAUAAGGAAGGGCCACUUAUCAGUAUGGACAUACGUGACUUUAUCCUUACAGUGGGGUCAAGGUCACCAACUCCAGGAGGUGGCUCUGUGGCAGCAUUAUCAGCUGCUUUGGGAGCUGCCCUUGGUGCUAUGGCAGGAUUUUUGAGCUAUGGAAACAAAAAAUUCUAUGAGUUGGAUGCUAAGAUGAGAAAGCUGCUACCACCAUUGUACAAAACUAUGAAGGACUUGAUGUCCUUUGUUGAUGCAGAUGCAGCAGCCUUCAGUGAAUAUAUGCUGGCCAGUAAACUACCACAAGAUACUGAAGAGGAUAAAGCUCUGAGAGAGGAGGCGAUGCAGGAUGGUUUGAUGACUGCAGUACAUGUGCCUCUCACUGUGUCGAGGAUCACUAACUCCAUGUGGCCUACCCUGAAGGAACUAGCGACAGUGGCAAACAUCAACUGUAAAUCUGACUUACAGGUCGGGGUAAGGACACUAGAGACCGCUGUGUGGGGAACAUUCUACAACGUAAUGACCAACCUUAAAGAUCUGAAGGAUGAUGAGAUCAAGGCAAAGGUGAAAAAAGAAAUUGAUGCUGCUGUACAUUUAGCUCAAGCCAGCUGUGCAGAAAUUCUGUCAAUUUUGGACGGAAGAAAUGAAUGAAUGCUCUUCACAGCAUAAUAUCUAGCUUACAGAUAUCUCUAUAUUACAUUCUUCUUCAUUGUGUGUGUGUGUGUACAUGGGAAAAGGGGAAAGGUACAAGGGUAUUAAAUGUGAAGUGGAAUCUUGUCCAGGGUGAUUUAUUUUAGGAAGAUAAACAAUGGCAGGAAUUUCUGCAAUAAUGGAAGUUGAUUUAUAUCAGAAAAGUAUUUUGUUCUUGAAUGACUCUAAGAAAGAACAUUUUCCAAAUAUAAGUGCUUGGAAGGUAAAUUUUCCUGGUAAUUGUUGUUUGGAUUGAACAGGUUCCACAUACUGUACAUAUGUUUGACAUAUGUAUGUUGAGACACUGCUUGUGUUUAUAUUUGUGAUAAGUGUUGUAUUGUUUGUAAGCAUUAUGCAUUGUAUUUUUGUUGUAUUAUGUAACUUGAAUGAUCUGGACUUCUUUAUGGAGGAAAAAUCUAGUGUAAUCAAAUUAUGUUCUUGAUCAAUGAAACUCGCCACUUUGAUCACUAGUAAUAUUUAAGUAAUCUAGAAAAUGUUUCGUGUUGAAAAAUAUCUAAAAUAGCAAUAAUUUUCUAGAUUAUCAAAUAUUUCCAUUAUCAUAUUAUUGUAAGAAUUCAAAAUCAUCCAGAGUGCAUGUCAUUUAAAGUCCACUCCAUAUCAUACAAUAUAUUUUAGUAAUAUGUCUGUAUUGAACUCUUUUGGAAUUAGAGUGCGACCAUCUUACAAUAAACUAACAUACAUCCUUAAAUAUUAUUAUUUCAGCUUGUAAGUUUUGAAUAGAAAGCAAUUUGUCCAUGUAAUUGGAGUUUGAUAAAGAGGUUUUUGCUGGGUGUUAUUUUUAGCGAGGUCUGUGAUUUCAUGCCAUUGUGAUUUAUAAACAUUCCUAUGGAAUUUAUGUUUAAACUUUUAACUUGUUAUUUUUUUAUAAUUUUAUAUAUGGUAAUUUAUUAUAAUACUUUGUAUCAACUGGAAAUUUCUGUGAUUUUGUACUAGAUAUAUAGUAUGUACCAAGAUUUAAAUUUUUUUUUUUUUAUAAUUCCAUAAAGAUAUUUUUGAGGAUAGUGUUUGCCUAUGAGAAUCUACAAAAAUUGUGAUUAAGUUUAAUUGUUUUCAAAUCAACUUGGUUGGUAUGUAUUUGUUAUUGUCAUGUGUGACUAGUCAUAAACACGGAAAGGAUUUGUAAAAGCUGUUAUCAUACUGAUCAGUGGUUGUGAUUGCUUAUAAAUCUGUAUAAAACUGCUGAACACAUAAACUAAAAUUCAAUUUCAUUAUUUUUGAAAUAUAUAUAAACAAAUUAUAAAAUUUAUUUUUAAAACUGUAUCUAAAUAAGUCUGAUUUGGUGAUAGAAAAAUAAAUAUAUGAAAUUCCGUAUUAGGAAAAUUGUAACAAGGUUGGUGAGGAGACAACAUUUCCAUAAGCCUUGUUCCAGAAUGUUAUAUGUAUUAUGUUAUAUGUAUACAAUUUGUUUGUCCGUCCUAAUAAACAAUAAUGCAAUCCAAAACAUUACUGUAUUUAUACAACACUAAGCCCAUGCUUGGUAAUAAGCCCACCUUUGCCUUUUGCAGUCCAUUAAAGAUGCUGACAUACCCCCUGGUAUGCUGUUUGAAUUAUUUUGCAUAAGCCCGCCGGUCUUUAAUAGCUUGUGUGUUGGUCCUCUGGGCUUUUAACAGGAUAAAUACAGUAGAUACUGCCCAGAAAAAUAAGGAAAACUGGUCUCAGUAGACUGAAAAUCUUGAUAGAAAGGUUGUACAGAAACAAACGUUCUGAAGACUGUGAUUAUAAUGUAGUGAUUGUUCAAGAAAAAGCUUUACAAUGAACUAAGUGAAUGUUACAGAAAACUUUGUCAGUAAACCAGAAAGAGAGAAAAAAUCUGUUUUUGGAAAUAUACCCUAUAGUUACCAAUAGUUUGGUGAUUUGUUUGGUGUUAUCAUAGGCAUCUUAAUAUUUCCGCAAAAAAUUAUUCAUAUCUGUUCUGUGUGAAUUUUCAUGGUAGAGGUGCAAAUUAUUCUUUGCAAAUCUUUGCAGCAGUUACAUCUCGUAUGUCUGUCAGUGUUGUUUUAAGUCCAUUUCAUGAUGUACCCAUGAAUUAACAUUUGUAUCGCUUUCACUGUGUAUGUCACUACAGUAUUUUUUAAAACAAUUGUUAUUGUGAUACUUGAAUUCACAAACAAUGACAGAUGCAAUAAAUUUGCCGAAAAUCAAUAUAAUGCAAAUAUACGUAAAUUUAUAAUGAUUUUCAGUACAUAAUGUUUCACAUUUUAAAAAAUUAUAAUAUCAACCUUAAAGAAACAAGCAUUUAACACCAUAAAAAUAUAGUUUUUAUAUUGUUGGUAAAUAGUUAAAUCUGUAAUUUCUGUAAAACUUUACCUUACCUUCUUCAACCAAAACCUCACUCUAAAACAGUUUACUUCUGUCUUUAUUAAAUCAUUUCAGGAGAAUAACUAACAUUCCUAGUCAUCAGAAAAUAUUGAAGAAAUCGUCCAUUGUUUGUAAACUUUCCUGUUUUCCAUUUUAACAAGUUUGUAACCAAAUGAAUUAAACUAAUAUACAUUGUAUUGUGUAUAGUUUUAUAGUAUAUUUAAAUUAUUGUUACAUAUAAUUAACUAUGAAAAGUAUUUUGUUAUUUAUCUUACUGUUAAGGUGUUGGAAAUAUUUGAAAAUUAAUAUAUUUGUAUGUAGAUCUUUCAAUGAUUUGCUGCUGAGAAAAUUGUUUAAAGUAUAGUUUGUAAGAUAUGGUAAAAAAUUACAUUUCAAAUGUAUUAUUUUCUUACAACAUUUGUCCUCAAUGUGAAGUGUGAUACACAGUGAAGUAUGAAUUAAAAUAUUUUUUAUACUAGUUUAACUCAGGCUAUUGUUGGUAAAUUUCGGUAUUAAGAUGGAAAUGUAUAAUAGUAUUUUAUAUUCAAAGAAUUGUUGAAAUAAUUUGAAAACAAUAGAAAGUCCCGUUAAGAUAUGAAUUAUUUAUUUAAUUUAUUAGAACCUCGUUACUAGCAGUAUUAACGUUUUACAAAUAAAAGUUAACUUUUUACAAGCAAGUUCCUGCUAAUUUUUUGCAACAUUUCGCUAGUGAUAUACAAUUUCAAUGUUUUUAGGGGUAAGCCUUGCAUAAUUAUUACCCCCUGUCAAAUCGUUAGGUUAGUUUAAGAAUAGGACAAAACCGAAAACACCUACACUAAUGGGAGAUUGGUUAAUGUGCAAAGAAAUUGUACGGCCCUUGUACAGCCUACCAACCAUUGAGAUGAGAUUUUCAAAACUGAAUUCAAUUGUCUCCUUUUAUUAUAUCAUUGUCAAUAUUUUUAGUCAACUAUCUUUUAUAUUCAAUGAAAAAUGUACAGAAAAUUAGAAGGAACUUGUAUUUAUAUAUGGUUUAUAUAUGGAGCUCUAUGUGUGCCUGACUUGUUGUUGUAUAUACACACCAGUUUACUUCCGAAUCAUAAUUUUAAUUCUGUUUUUGUAAUUUUUUCUUUUUAAUUUCAUAAUAAAAAAAAAUCAUUGCCUCCAUUUUUACCUGGUACGUCUUGUCAAUUAAUUAAAUACACAUUAUUAUGAUAUCAAUUUUUUCCCUUGUAAGUUGAUUAGAUUUUAUUUUUAAUUAAUCUAAAUUUAUUGCUGAAAAUAUUUUAACCUUUAAUUUAUCUAUAUUGAAAUAAAGCAGUGUUACCUACAUACAUUUUAAUGUUUUCUGUAAUUCUUAUCUUCCUUAUGACAAAUAGCUCUUUUAAUUAGAUAAAGUCACAGCUUCUAUCGUAUAUUUCACAAAGGAGUUUUUCCUACGAUCUUGUUCACUGCCAUGAAGUGUAGUUGUGUUGCGUGAAUCUAGAGGCUGUGAUACUUUGCGUUCUGCCUGUAGAUGAUGCUUGAUUCAGCACAGGUGGAUAUUUAGAUUCGUUGUCGGACACCUAAUUCUUAAUGAUACGCCAAUUCCUUAAAAAGUGAAACUAUUAUAACUUUGAUCAAUACAAAAAUGUAGCCGAUAGGUAUAAAAAAUAUUAAAACUUUUAAA